AUAGAAGCAUGAACGACGGACACGAAACGAGGUGCUUAUUUUUUGUUUGGUGUUCAGUUGCGUUAGCGUAAAGAAGAAUUUCUAAUUUUCAUUGUUUAGUUAUUUAUUCAAGUAAGAAAUAAUCUAAGGUCUCUAUGAACGAUGGAUUUGUUAGGAUCUAUUCUGAACUCUAUGGAAAAGCCACCUGCAGUGAGCAACAGACAAAAGGCAUUAAUGAAAAAACAACAAGAGGAAUAUCAAAAGCAUCAAAAAGCAGAAUCCGAAAGAUUGAAGGUCUUUAGAAAGAAGGUAGAAGAGAAAAUGAAUAAGUUUCUUCAAGAUGACACAGCAAAAGAGUAUAAAUUUCCUGCAAUGGAUCAGAUUCAUAGAAGUAUAAUACACGAUGUUGCCGAAGUUGCAAAUGUUUGGGCAUAUUCGUUUGGAGAAGAAGGUAUUGACCGUUACAUUAUGAUCUUCAAGAGGGAACAUGCUCCUUCGGAAGAUCAAUUGAAUACUCUUCGAAAAGGUGAAGAAUGGAACGAAGAAGUAGCAAAAAGGAUACAAGAGGAAAGACAAAGACAAGCAAAAGAGGAAGAAGAGGCAUUAAAUUCGAAAAAACGAAAAGAGAAUUUUGUUCCGAAUAGUUAUUAUAAGGAUAAAUAUCAGCAUAUAAUUGGAAAGGAAGCAGCCCUUGAAGCUGCUAGAAAAACAGAAGCUAAUAGCAGUUAUGGUUGUGUACCUAGCGAGAAUAAAAAGGAUCAACGUAGUAUAGAACAAACGUUAGCAGACAUACGUGCAAAGAGAAGAAAAUUAGAAACAAAUAAUACUGCGACUAACGAUAAAAAGAAGUGAAAGCGUAAAGUAGUUAUAAUUAUAUUCUUUCAAAUUUACAUCAUUUUAACUAUCUUCUUUUAUUUCUGCUGUAAAUAUUUGAUUGAUGUUUGGUUAUCACAGAGACCAUAAUAUGUAAAGGUUUGUCGGAUUAAAAUUUAGAUGAAAUGCAUACUUUUUUUUUUAUCAUCAUUGGUAUAGAGGAUUAUUAAUUUACACAAAAUAUUUUCCAUAAAUAACUGUCCAUAUAUUAGAUAUGAAUAGGCAGUGCUACGUGUAUUCUCUAAAUUUGAAUAUAUUUAAUUUUUAUGCUUA